AUGAAGGCCGCAGAGCUAUCCGAGAAAAAGAGGCGAAAGGGAAAGAAUAAAAAAAGAAACCAAAAGAGAAGUCAAAGUCAAGAUCUGAAGACAGAAGGGCAAGGCCUGACGAAGGUAGGCGCUUCGCCCCUCAGGGAAGUAUGGCCACCUAAGAUGAAGACUGAAAUAAGAGACACCAGGAAAUUCUGCAAAUUUUAUGAUGAACACGGGCACAAAACGGACGAGUGCAGAGGUUUAAAAGUGGAAAUAGAAAGAAUGAUAGAUGCAGGCGAGCUAAGGAAGUUCAUAGCCCACAAAACAAAAAGCAGUGUUAAGGGAGAAAAGAGAAGUAGGGACGACAAGGGAAAAGAAAAGGAAGAAGAAAGGCUAAUCAAGAUCCUGGGGACCAUACACAUGACUAAUGGAGGAGGACAUAGCAGUUCGACCAUUAGGAGAAAACAGAGGAGAGAGGUGAUGAACAUCAGGGAAACACACAUGCCACUGGUAAUCUUUGACGUUGAGGAUUAUGAGCACGUAAAAGCACCCCACAAUGACGUUUUGGUGGUGACAACCAUCAUUGAAAAUUGGAACACGGAGCGAAUCCCCAUAAACGAAGGAAGUACUGUGAAUCUUAUGACGAACGUUGCAUACAAAAUGCUAGGACGGACCGCAGCAAGGCUGCGCCGAGUCCCGAUUCCAUUAUCCGGACUCGAAGGGCCUUCUAUCAACCCGUUUGGCGCUAUGUCUCUGGAUAAUCGGCCCAGAAAGGGGAAUCAACAAAAAGCUCAUGUCUCCUUUUAA